ACUGUAAGUGCUGCUGCAACUUGAUCUGUGGCUCGGAUCAUCACACAGUAGUUUUUAGGACUAUUGUUUGCAGGUUGGGGGAUCUGGUAUGAUGUAGAUGAAGAGAGGGAAAAUACCGAAGCGAGGAGGACUCGGACCUCAAUGAAAUUCAGUCUGCCAGUGGGAGGAGGCUGCUGGAGGAGCUGAGCGGCAGUCACGUGCCGCUAGUGCGGCUGCAGUAUCAGUUAAUCCCUGAGAUGAGGUUCUGGGCUCUGCUGCUGUUAGACGCCAACGCUUCCUCGCUUCACUUGUCUCCUUCGGCCACAGGCCAGGAAAGGUGCGUAUGCGGCUAUGAAACCAACUCCCCACUGACGCCUUCUCACCAGAGCAAUUUGCACCUUCCCAGCUGGCUGCUGUAGAAAUGGAAAAUGCUGAAGUGGUUGUAAGCAGCUGCAGUUCUCCUGAUGAUGAUCUUUACAGCUACAAACGACACCCAUCUGUUUCACGGGAGCUGCUUUUGGAAGACCAACUUAGAAGGAAACUUAAAUUUUUUUUCAUGAACCCCUGUGAGAAAUUUUGGGCCCGGGGCAGAAAACCUUGGAAACUUGGGAUUCAACUUCUAAAAAUAGUGAUGGUUACCAUCCAGUUAGUAGUUUUUGGGUUAAGCAAUCAAAUGGUGGUUGCCUUCAAGGAGGAGAACACUGUGGCAUUCAAGCACCUCUUCUUGAAAGGAUAUACAGAGAGAAUGGAUGAUACCUAUGCUGUAUACACACAAACAGAUGUCUAUGACCAGAUCUUCUUUGCAAUAAACCAGUACUUACAGCUGCGCAACAUAUCUGUUGGAAAUCAUGCUUAUGAGAGGAGAGGCGCAGAACAAACAGCUAUGGCAAUCUGUCAACAGUUCUACAAGCGAGGAAGCAUCUGUCCUGGAAAUGACACCUUUGAUAUCGACCCCAACAUUGAAACUGAAUGUUUCUAUGUUGAGCCAAUGAUGCCUUUGGAAAACAGAACACUGGGAAAGCACAAGUUCAAUUUCACUCUGGACUUCCAUAGACUUGUAACAGUACAGCUUACCUUUAAACUGAAAGCAAUCAAUCUCCAGACAGUUCGUCACCAUGAACUCCCGGACUGUUAUGAUUUUACUUUGACAAUAGUGUUUGAUAACAAAGCACAUAGUGGAAGAAUUAAAAUAAGUCUGGACAACGAUAUUGCCAUCAGGGAAUGUAAAGACUGGCAUGUUUCUGGAUCAAUACAAAAGAAUACUCAUUACAUGAUGAUCUUCGAUGCCUUUGUCAUAUUGACUUGUUUAGCCUCAUUGAUCCUCUGCACACGAUCAGUGGUUAAAGGAUUUCGGCUCCAAAGGGAAUUUGUAAGUUUUUUCCUACAUCAUUAUAAGAAAGAAGUAUCUUUCACAGAUCAAAUGGAAUUUGUCAAUGGGUGGUACAUCCUGAUUAUUGUUAGUGAUGUCUUAACUAUUGUUGGCUCAACACUAAAAAUGGAAAUACAAGCUAAGAGUCUGACAAGUUAUGAUGUCUGUAGUAUCCUCCUAGGAACCUCCACCAUGCUUGUGUGGCUUGGAGUUAUUCGAUACCUAGGUUUCUUUCAGAAGUAUAAUGUAAGGAUCUCCUGGGAUCUCCAUGCUCUGCUUAUUCUGACACUACGGUCAGCAUUGCCCAAUGUCAUUAGAUUCUGCUGUUGUGCUGCUAUGAUCUAUCUGGGCUAUUGUUUCUGUGGAUGGAUUGUACUGGGGCCAUAUCAUGUUAAGUUUCGUUCUCUGAACAUGGUUUCAGAAUGCCUUUUCUCACUGAUAAAUGGAGAUGAUAUGUUUGCCACAUUUGCAAAAAUGCAGCAGAAAAGUUACUUGGUUUGGUUAUUUAGUCGGCUUUACCUCUACUCCUUCAUCAGCCUGUUCAUCUAUAUGGUGCUAAGUCUUUUCAUUGCACUGAUCACAGAUACAUAUGAAACAAUUAAGCAUUACCAGCAAGAUGGCUUUCCAGAGACGGAACUCCAUGACUUUAUAUCACAGUGUAAAGACCUACCAAACUCAGGCAGAUACAGAUUAGAAGAGGAGAGUCCUGUGUCGAUCUUCUGUUGCUGUAAACGGUCCUAAUGAAGAUAUUUACAAGAACGUGGGAAUGAAUUCUGGAGACUUUUUUUUUAAAACCGCACACUAAUCACAAGAACUGGAUAGAAAAAGUGGCUGGAAAAUUCCUGAACUUAAAGCUCAAACUUUCUUUUCUUUAAAAUAGUGCAAACUUGUUACAGAAGCUUUGUGAAACUUGAACCUCCAACUGACCAUUAUCUCUGGUUUAGAUUGUAUUUUUCUAAGCUUAUGGCUCGAAUUGUAUCAUCUAGUUAGAAUUGAUGCAAAGGGCAUUAUGAAACUGGCUAUGCAUAGUGAUCUGGCUAGACUAGACUAUCCAACAAUAUUUCUCCAAUAGAUCCAAAAGUUAAACAGUUGGACAAUGGUAACAUCAAACAAAAACUGGUCUUCAACACUACAGGCAUAAUGAAUGCUAAUCCAUACAUAUACUGAGUUACAGCACUACUUACCAAAGGGCUUUGGUUUCUUCAGAUUUUCUAUUUACAUACAGUAAUAGUAAAAACAUCAACCAAAACUGAGUUUUAGUAAAACACAUUAGAUAAACUGCCCCUGGAAACAGUGUAGUGGAUUAAUGUAAAUGUUCAAAUCUGGCUCAGGGCAUAAAUUAGCAGGCAUUUGUGCAAACAAGCCAUACCACCUGACAUGACUGGCAGUCUCUUCUCCGAGAGGCCAGAGUAUAUAGCCAGGAAGAGGGCAGGUUGGGUUGAAGUGUGGUGGCAGAGCUGAGUAGGGGAACUUUACAUAGCUUAUUACAAACACCACUGGGUAGGACCAGGCACGUAGCCUUUCACUUCUCUUAACAGAAUGCUGACCUACAUUUUUAAAGAAUUGAGGUAAGGGAGAAAAUAAACAUAACAGCAACAAAAGUACUUCCAAAAUAUCUAUUUUUAUUUAAAUGUUUCCUCUAGUACACAAGACCUUAGACUAUUUUUGGAGUCUAGAGUCUAAAUUAGAUGUAUGGAGGUUGUGACUUCCAAAUAUUGGAAAGUGGAUAUUUGACGGAGUUAUUAUCUGCUGCAGUCAGAAAGGUGGUCUGUGGAAUUUUGUUAUGAUACAGUACUUUAACCAUUACAAUUCUGAGCUAUUAAGCAGUCAGUCCUCUUGCUUUGGAACUACAUUUUUAUGGAAGCUUUAUUCUCCAUAAUCUGUUCACUUGGGAAGCAGAAUAGAAAAACGGAGGAGCAUAUUUUAGAUGAUUGCACGUGUAAGAGCAAAACUCCUAUAGGUGUAGUAUAAUGUACAGUGAAAUGUUUAUGUACUAUGUACAAACUUGGAAGAUGUUAAAUAUGUUCUGUCUGGAUGUUUAUAUUUUGUAGGAAAGUACUGAAAUAAACAUUUGCAAUUGAAGUAAA